UCUCUCCAUGCUCACUCACUUUUCAUACUAAAAGGUGAACGCAAUCUCUUCAAUAAUCAAAUUGAACACAUUCUAUACAAUCACUAACAGUUCUCAGUUAUCUAUCAUAUACAUGGACCGAGUCAACAUAAUGGUUUCUGAGAGGCCUGUGGUGAUCUUCAGUAAGAGUUCUUGCAUAUUAUCCUACACAAUCAAGUCUCUCUUCAAUGACUUGGGUGUGAAUCCUACUGUCUAUGAGCUCGAUGAGAUAGCAAUGAGCAGAGAGAUUGAGCAGGCAUUGUCUGGGCUCGGGUGCAGUAUGGUCCCGGCUGUCUUCAUUGGUGGUAAGUUAGUCGGUGGAACUAAUGAGAUUAUGAGUCUUCAGCUGAAGAGGGAUUUGAAGCCAAUGCUCAUCAGGGCUGGAGCUUUAUGGGUUUGAUUCAAUAAAUAAUUACUACUAUAACUUAACGCAAUAAAGCAGGCUUUAAGUUAAAUCAAGUUUAGAACAAAAUGUAAGACUAUAUCAUAGAUCAUAUUGUAUGAGAUAACAUAAAUAUAUGAUGAGGCUACUAGUGUCAGCUUUGAAGUUUAUCUCCGCUCUCCUUUCCUUUUGGUUGGUAAGGAUGCUGAGCAAUAAUAACAUAUUUCUGCUUUUACCUUA